UCUUGAACAUCAUCAUUUGGCUUAGUAUCUAAAGACCCUUUUUAGUUUUUCUUUUCCUUUGAAAUGGGACGGAAACCUUGUUGUGAUAAAGUUGGAUUAAAACGAGGUCCAUGGACGAUCGAGGAAGAUUGUAAGCUGAUGAAUUUUAUCUUCAACAAUGGUACUUUUCCUUGCUGGAGAAAUGUUCCCAAGCUUGCCGGCCUUUUAAGAUGUGGGAAAAGUUGCAGAUUAAGAUGGAUAAAUUAUCUAAGACCGGAUCUUAAGAGAGGGUCUUUUACAGAAUCCGAAGAAGAUGAGAUUAUUCUACUUCAUUCACGUCUCGGUAACAGGUGGUCUAAGAUUGCUUCGCAUUUUCCGGGUCGAACGGACAAUGAAAUCAAGAAUCAUUGGAAUACUAAAAUCAAGAAGAAGCUGAAGCAGCUUGGUUUAGACCCCGUGACGCACAAGCCUGUCGAGAAAACCGAUGGUAAUAAGAAACAAGAAGAAAGGUCAGAGACAAAGUCAGAGGAUGUUCCAUGCAAGGAGGUUGAAGAAAUCCGUGUGACUUUGAAUGAAACAAAUGAUUUGUUGAAGGACUACGAAAUGUUAUGUGGAAGCUUCGAUUUGGAUUAUUCAUACACAUCAUCGUUUUCUAUGGAGGAAUCCAACAAUCCUUUAAUGGCUCAAGAAGAAAACUCUUUAAAGCAAUGGGUUGAUUGUGUGGAUUCACUUCUGUCAUGGGAUGAUAACUUUAUUCCUCUGCAAGAAGAAAAUUCAUUUCCUCCCUGAGAAAUCAGCCAAAUAGGCAUAUGAAACAUAUAGUUUUUCUUUCGAAAUU